AUGGGCAAGAGGACCGCCGCAGCGCAGACCCGCGAUGGCAUCGACUUCCCUCGAGAUGGUGAGGCGAACACGAGAUUGGCUCUCCGUAUUCCCAAGUAUCGAACGGUCCCACCAAAUGCCGCGCACAUGUACCCCGGGCGGAACGCCAUGCAGCCGCCGAUUUCGAGUUUAGCCGUUCCCUGUGCCGAUUCUCUCAACCGCAAACGAGACAAUAAGUAG